AUGUCUUCAAACAAUAAUCGUUAAUUGUAGGCAAGGCCCAAUAGAAAAACCGAACAAUCUUUUGAUUUCUUCAAAAACACAAAAGUCUCCACUUGUAGUUAUAUCAAAAGAAAAGGAGAUGAUUUCAUUGCAAUUCCAUUCUACUUUAAACCAAAUUAAAGAAAUCUAGAUUACUUAAAGUAUAACAUAUAUUUCAAAUAGUAAAUCCAUGUAUUCCACAUCAACCAACCAUGAUGCUUAUAACAAUAAACGAAGAUGUUUUUCGAGCAUGAGAAACAAACCAUUAACUCCAUACAAUCCUUUAGCUCAUAGGAGCAGAUUAGUAGAUUAAAGUUUAAGGAUCUCGUAAAGCAACGUAUGCCAAGUAGAAAUUGGAGAUAGGUUAUAAAAAAUACUAAUCUUAGAAAUUAGAGAAUGACUAAGCAUUACGUAACCUAAUAUCAGAAUCACUUGGGAAAUUUCGGAGAUAUCACCCCUUGUUCAAAUCCUUAGAUUUUGGCUGAGAGGGCCAAAUGGAAUCACAAACUCAAGGAGAAAUGACUUCAUAUUAUGUUUAGCUACUAUAUACACCUGGG